AUGUCGGCAAGAUUUUCUAAGGACGCUGUUGCGUCGCAUAACAAGGCAGAUGACCUCUGGAUUGUCGUCGAUGAGGACGUCUAUGACCUGACCAAGUUUCAGGAUGACCAUCCAGGUGGAAAGAAGAUUCUUCAGAGAGUUGCUGGAAAGGAUGCCUCGAAGCAAUUUUGGAAAUACCAUAAUGCUGGUGUUUUGAAGAAAUUUGGAAAGCAGCUGCAUGUUGGGUCGUUAGACUCUAAAAAGGAGGUUGCGCCUCCAACUCCGCCCGCCACUCCUCCCGCGGCGACAAAGAAAGCCCCGGCGGCUACUUCUACAGAAAAGAAGCUCUCCCCCCAACCUGCUCUGGAUCCCUACGGUGACCUUAUUCCAUUCGCCGAUCCAGCCUGGUACCAUGGGUACUUUUCGCCGUAUUAUAACGAUACCCACGCUGCUCUUCGUGAUGAAGUUCGACAGUGGGUUGACUCUGAGAUUGAACCACAUGUUUUUGAGUGGGACGAAGCCAAGCAAGUUCCUGACUACGUAUACAAGCAGAUGGGUGAAAGAGGGUAUCUUGCUGGGCUGCUUGGCGUGGGAUACGAUGCUUCCCUCACUAAGAAUACUGUCAAGAGCGUGCCACCCGAAAAAUGGGAUCUUUUCCAUGAGGUCAUUGUAACAGAUGAGCUCUCACGAUGUGCUAGUGGAGGCGUGGUGUGGAAUCUCAUUGGCGGCUUUGGUAUUGGUUGCCCACCGCUUCUGAAAUUCGGCAGCAAAGAAGUCGUGAAAAGAGUUCUCCCCGGAAUUCUUGCUGGAGACAAGCGUAUUUGCCUUGCCAUCACGGAGCCUGAUGCCGGAAGUGAUGUGUCUAACUUGUCGUGUGAGGCAAAAUUAACGCCCGACGGAAAGCACUAUAUUGUGAAUGGUGAAAAGAAAUGGAUCACAAAUGGUAUGUGGUGCGAUUACUUCACUGUGGCAGUGCGAACCGGCGAAGCUGGAAUGAAUGGUGUAAGUGUUCUUCUUAUUGAGCGAGACUUCGGGGGCGUCAGUACUCGCAGAAUGGACUGCCAGGGUGUAUGGAGCAGCGGUACUACGUACAUAACAUUCGAAGACGUGAAAGUUCCCGUUGAGAACAUAAUUGGCAAAGAAAACAAGGGCUUCAAGGUGAUCAUGACCAAUUUCAAUCAUGAGCGCAUCGGAAUUGUUAUCCAAUGCCUGCGCUUCUCUCGCGUCUGUUAUGAAGAGUCUGUCAAGUACGCCCACAAACGUCGCACCUUCGGCAAACGUCUAAUCGACCAUCCCGUUAUUCGUAUGAAGCUUGCUCACAUGGCUCGCCAAAUUGAGGCUUCGCAUAAUUGGCUGGAAAACGUCAUCUACCAGUGUCAGAACUUCGACGACAUGGAAGCAUCUCUCCGCCUGGGAGGUGCCAUCGCUGGCCUCAAAGCCCAGUCUACCACGACGUUCGAGUUCUGUGCCCGUGAAGCUAGUCAGAUCUUCGGUGGUUUGAGUUAUAGCCGCGGCGGCCAGGGUGGUAAAAUCGAGCGCCUGUAUCGUGAUGUCAGGGCGUAUGCGAUCCCUGGAGGUAGCGAGGAAAUUAUGUUGGAUCUUAGCAUGCGACAGAGCUUGAGAGUCCACAAGGCAUUUGGAAUGAGUUUAUAA